AUGUCGACGGACGUUAUGCGCGCGAGAGAUGUCGAGGGAUCGUGCAAUGACGUUCGACGGUCGAUGCGCGAGUUGGAGGUCGUGUACGGCGACGUCGACGCCGUGAUGGCGAGCGCGGGCGUCGGCGGAGAAGCGCGCGGCGCGUUGCGUUCGAGCGCUCAAGGAUUGAUCGAGUUAGCGGAGGACGAUGGCGAUUGCUCGAGCACGGCGUGCGUGUUCGGGGUGGAGCACACCGAGCGGGCGAUGGAAGCUUUGAUCGGAUGCGUGAGAGAUGGGUACGAUGCGGUGGUCCCGUUCGCGGAGAGAGCGCUCUCGGCGACGACGGAGGCGGAGACGACGUGGGCUCUCUCGCGCGAGCGUGGGUCCGAGAGAGAACUGGAGGAUGUGAAAAGUCGUGAAACGGGGCGAAAGGAGCGGUUGGCGCACGCGAUGGCGGCGAUGCGCGAUGUUUUAGCGUUUGAGGAAUUUUUGGCACACGAGCGCUCGAGGCGCAGACUGGACGUGGAGGGCGCAGUGAACGCGCGAGAUGCGCUCGCGCACCGCGAACGGCGCUUGCUCGAUAACGGUGGUGUCAUAACGGACGUUCAGGCUCUCGAGAUGGCGGUCCAUGAGCUCGAGGCACGGCAGAGGAUGUUGGCUUUGAUUGGAGGCGUUCCUCGCGUCGCGGCGUACGGACGAUUUCGUGCGGCGAGCGAUGAUCCCGGGUACGAUGCGUGCGUCGCGCGAUGCCUGCCGGCGCUACUCGCGCAAUACGUGACGUGGAUCAAAGACGCCGCGCUCGAGGACGCGAAAGAGCGUUCGCGGUCGAUUAGAGACGCUGCGCUUGCCCUUUCGGCGUUCGUCGGCGACGAGCUCAUCGAAGCCGACAACGCGCGCGGAUGGACCAACAUUCUGUGCGCGCUCUACAACGCCAUCGCUGUGCUCGUGUCCGUCGAGCCACCGCCCGACCGAACCGACACGUAUGAAGAUCUUCGUCGCCGUGCGACGAUUCGCGCCGCGGAAACAACUGAGCGCAUCGCCGCCCGAUCCACCGACACGUGGAACGAGGAGCGAUUCGGCGUCGAGGCGAUGAAUAUGGCUCUCGAGCGCUUACUAAGCGCCCUCGACGCCUCCGAUGCGUGA